AUGCCUCGCGAGGUGGAAAUCUCCAACAUCGAGCGAAAUUUUAUUCUCGAGGCCCUCGAACAAGGCGUCCGGCUCGAUGGUCGGACCCUAGAUCAAUUCAGGAACAUUGACCUGGAAUUUGGCGAUGAAUAUGGUACCGUCACUCUUCGACUCGGGAAGACCAGAGUCUUUGUGCAGGUCUCUGCAGAAGUCACCAAACCGCAAGAAGAGCGGAAAUUUGACGGAAUAUUCACCAUUACUACGGAACUGAGCCCUAUUGCGUCUCCGGCGUAUGAGAAUGGAAGGCAAUCAGAGCAAGAAAUUAUCCUAUCACGCAUGCUGGAGAAAGCCAUACGGAGGUCCAGAGCGAUCGAUACGGAGUCGUUGUGUAUCAUCGCUGGGGCUAAAUGCUGGUCGAUCAGGGCCGAUGUCCACGUCCUUGAUGCGGAUGGAGGACUGGUUGAUGCCUCGUGCAUCGCAAUCGUGGCGGCGUUGCGGCACUUCAAGAGACCCGAUGUGUCUGUGGACGGCGAGAAUGUCACGAUCUAUACGAUGGCAGAGCGAGUGCCAGUGCCAUUAAGCAUCAUGCAUCACCCUGUCUGUAUCACGUACAGCUUUUAUCACGACGGCGAAGUCAUGCUGUUGGACGCAACUCGUAGCGAGGAGGCAUGCCGCGAGGCAGAAGUCAUUCUCACGGUCAACGACUUUGAGCUAUGCCAGGUUGCGAAGCUGGGGGGAAAGCCGGUUGACGCGCUCGUCCUCCUCAAGUGUAUCAAUACGGCACUGACGACGGGACGCGAGAUCAACAAAAUUGUAGCAGCGAAGCUUGCUGCGGAUGCAACCAAGAGAGACGUGGGAGGACUGAUUGCCGAGCUGAGGGCUGAAAACGAGAGAUGA